AUGACAGGGCGGUCUUCGUCCGACAGAGCGCGACGUAAUGCAGCCGUGCAGCGUCUAAUGGACAACGCGGACCAGUCCUUAAGUCUUCUGGCGUCUCUAGGUGACGCGCCGACUCUUACUGCAGGCCUCAUACCAGACAGUUCAUUAGCCCCGAGCUCCGAGAGCUUCCACUUCUCGUCUACAUCGACAAACUUUGGUAUCCCUGACGAUGUCAAUGUGGCAGCAAGAGAUGAGACGGAAAACAAUGACACGCGUGUACUGGAUCCUGUGGUCCACCCGUCGGUACAUCACGGUCUCCUGCACGUUAAGGGUGUAUUCCCCGACCAAUCGACGGAGUUUGUGGACGUGGACCCUCGUAUUACUACAGUAAGAGACUUGAAACACGCUCUAUGUGAAUGCAGAGAUUCAGCGAGGGCUUUAGGCCUUCCAGCCAGAGACGCUCGCGUCAUGUUUGGUGGACAGGUCGUGGAGGACGCGUGGCUCGUCGUAGACUGCGGCGUGGGCUUUGAAGGGGCUAUACACAUUGUCAAGGCCACUACAGUCGCGAAUAGUUUUUUUAGCCGAAGUGGCAAGAAGACGCAACGCCCAGACCCCAAGCUGUCCAUCUCUUCGAUUUCUUCCGUGUAUCAACAGGAGCAGCCUAGCAAUGAUGAGGUGAUGCAUCAAUUGGCAACGUUCAAUCAUUCGCUGUCUCUUGGCAAUGUGCCGUCGUCCAGAGGUGCCUUAUUCUCACGUCAUGUGCGACCGGAAGAAGCUUUUUUUGCAGAGAUGGUGGCGGACUUUUACGACAACUUGGAGCGUGUGGAGGACUCGGAUCUGUACUGUGAGAAGCUGCUGAUUGGAUACAUUGAUGUCUUGCAGACGAGGCUGGAAAAGCUUGAGGCUGCACUUCCAGGCAACUGGAACACUCGUGGAACGUCCAUGAUGGCGCAAGAACGGCUACAAAACGACAUUACUGAGCUGCGCGACGAACGCAACACUUGGAGACUGCUGUUUGAGCUACGACAGGUGUGCCGUACGAGUAAGAAGCUAUCAGAUGGAGAAGACAGAUCAAUGAUGCUCGAUGCAGGGGCAGAGGAACUGCAGUUCGAGAUGGUGGAGGACGACGCAGUGCGGCUACUGGAAACACGUAAUGAAACGUUCAAGGUCCAGAAGGCGGUGAUGACGUGGCUGGAGAGCAUAGCACUGGAGAGCACAUUAAACAUUAGCGACAAGCGUGGAGCUAGCGGAUCGCGCACGUUGAGAAUGAUGCGGAAGAAUGUUUUCUCGGGAGAAGGGAUUAACAUGGACCCUGAUGCAGUGUUGCGCGACGGGGAUGACCGCAUUCUGCCCGAUGACAUGGAGGACGAAGCGGAGUUGAUGAAGGCUGUCUGGUUGUUUAUCCGUGCAGGACGAAUGAGCGAUGCAAUUGAUCUGUGUAUCCGUUCAGGGCAGCCGUGGAGAGCGGCAAGCCUCUCGGGAGGUAACUUUGUUGGCGCGAGUGAAACGAACGAGCGCAAAGAUUUGCAGGUGGAGCGAUGGGGAAAUCCGCUCCGUGUACUUUGGAAAUCAAUGUGCUGGCGCUUGUCAGAGCAAGCUGCUGACAGAAAAGUACUCAAGAGCAACAGCUUACUUGCAAAGAAGUACGAGGAACUUAUUUAUGCAGCAUUGAGUGGCAACAUUCCGAUUAUGACAAAGAGCUCACUAUGCGAGAGCUGGGAAGACCACUGCUGGGCUUUUUUGCAGGGAAUCACCGAACAGCAACUCGACGAAAUCAUGUUCAAGCUUCUGAAGGUGAAGAUGCAGUCGUCUCAGCUGAUCGUUGGCAGUAACGCCCACUAUCUACGUCAUUUCUCGAGUUUGCUAGAAAAGACGAAGUAUUUAAAGCGCUACCAAGCGGACCUGGACAUGCUGUUUGACGAGCUGCGAGGUAGUCAAAGCGAGCUUGUCCGCAUGCAGGCCAACCAACCUCACCGCCAAAUCCAGGCCAAGUUGGUUACAGCAAAGUUUCAGUACAUUGUAUCGAGCGUUUUGGACACGCUUCUGCUGAACCCGAAGGACGAUUCAUACCACUGGGACUUGCAGCUGGACUCGACGAUAAAGUCAGAUGAAAUUUCUUCGAUAUUUCUUCGUUUUGCCGCCCACUUUAUCAUGUUCGCCAGCUUCACUGGUGAACAGUUUGACGAGCAGGCGGGCCACAUGAUUGUGAAGCUAUACAUUCGGCAUUUGGUGAAGCAUCAACAGCUGCAGUUUGUACCAAUUUAUGCCUCUCGGCUCCCUACAGUAGGUGCGAUUGAAAUCUAUGUGCAGAUGCUGUCUUCGGUCGAAGAUACUUUAGAGCGUGAGCUUUGCGUCAAGCGAAUUGUGGAAAACGCUGGUAUGGAUGUAUUGUCGACAGUGUUGCAAGUUGUAGUCGAGCGUCUGUGUGACAGAUAUCGAUUGGUGGCUCAACAACAGCAACAAAAGAAAGGAGAACUCGUGUCUUCUGACGUUCCAACGACAGACAUCGACAGGAGGCGAAUCCGGACGAUUGGGAUCUUGUGCUUCUACCCCGAACACCGGGCAGAAAUGUUGAUCCGUGCAAAUUUGCUUACGCGACAGUUUCUUCUUGAGGGAAAAUUUGCUGCUGUGAAGGAGCUCGUCGAGGAGAGCUUACCGAAGGACUUGAUUGGAGCUUUAGAAAUGAAUUGUGAUACCCAAUUGCUUCGGGCAGACGACGAGAUUAAGCGGGCCAUGCGCGAGUUCCUUUGCUGGCGCGCAUAUGUUCAGGCUUCUACACAGUUUGAUCUGUGGAGAAAUUGCAUUAACAAUUCUGGUGCGGAGGUGCUAUCACUGUACAGCAAGGAGAAGGAUUACCUGGAUGAUUUAAUGCUCCAUGUGUCACGGUCGGCAGCGGCAAUGUUGGAGGUGCUACACUUUGAAAACGGAUGGCUUCUGGGCUGUUCUAACGAUGCUAAUGAGGAUGUUGCUAUUCGGAGGCGUUGUUUGCCGCCUCUAGUGUUCAAUCUGCACUUUAUCCAGCUCGAGUCAGCCAAGACGAUCAUGCGUUUGAGCCAUUAUCCAGAGGAUGCCAAGGCUGAGCUUGCCCGACCUCUGCUAGAAAAGUCAAUGGAAGUUGCAGACGUAGUGGCCGGCGACCACUACGGUGUGUACAAUGCGCUGGAUCAGGAUCAUUGCCGGGAUCUGCUGCAUGGCUUCCGUGAAAGCGCUGUAGCUCUGGCGUUCGUUGAAAGUAUGGCGGUUUGUGAUCAGAGUGAGCGCACCAGACUACCCUGUGACCAUAAGAGAGAUGAAGGCGACACAGCGAACGUGCAAUCGCCGCAAUAG